AUGAACGACUAUUUGAUGACUGCCACUUCAAGUCCCUCUCAAACAUUCCAAUCCUCAUCCCCUCCGUUCUAUUUCCACCCGUCGACGGGUACGGCGUCUGAACAGAUGAGCCCACUUUUCCUCGCCUCGGGUCCGCUCGAGUCCGCCUGCCACCAGGCUCCAUCCCUCUCUACACUUUAUUCUCAACCACAAUCACCAAGUCAAGAUUCAUUCAACAACGACAUGUUUGCGACGG